UAUUCCCCAUUCCACCAGUUGAUAUCAAACCCUCGUAGCCAGUGUUCAGUGUUAACGCAUACCGUCUAUCGAAAACCCCGUAUAAAGUUUCUUUGUUCGUGUGUUCAGAACCAAGUCCGAUCAAGUCACGAUGUCGAUCGUUCCGAUUAUGUUCCGUGACUGGUGGGAUGACCACUGGGAUACCCCGCUGCGUCAAUCGCGGAUUCUGGACCAACACUUCGGAAGUGGCAUCAGCUCUGAUGAUCUGCUAACGGCCAUUACGUCGGCGGCUGCUGCACAAUCCGCUGUGCACAAUCAAUUGAGGCGUCCGAUCUACAAUCGUCCAUGGCGCCAUUCUAGCCUUGCUCCCCGUCAAGACAUCGGAUCGACAAUUCACGCCGACAAGGACAAAUUUCAGAUCAACCUGGAUGUGCAACAGUUCAGCCCAACCGAAAUUUCGGUGAAGGCCUCUGACAACAGCAUCAUCAUCGAAGGGAAGCACGACGAAAAGCAAGACGACCAUGGCUUCAUCUCGAGGCACUUUGUCCGGCGCUACAUGCUUCCGCCGGGUCACGACUCCAAUCAGAUCAAGUCUACGAUUUCGUCGGAUGGAAUCCUAACGAUUUCGGCUCCGAAGAAGGCGAUCAUGGAUUCGGCCGGACAGAAGACGAUUCCAAUCGUCCAGACCGGUCAACCACUGAAGAAGAUCGCUGCCGAGCCAGAGAAGAAGGCAUAGUGACAAGGGUUUCGAGGUUUUACUGUUUUAUCACCUUACAUGGUUGGGAUUUUUGUUCGUAUAGUACUUGUUAACGUUUUGCUGGAAUAAAUGGUAUUUGUUUGUAAUUGAGAAUGUAUGUGGAAAA